CAGCUUUUUUUUGUUUAGGGUUUCUCUUUUCUCCUCUUUAACUCACAAAACACUCUCGGAGGUUAAAGCGACGGCGCAAAUUCGCUGUCCGCCUUGUACGAGCUCGAGCUUCGUCUUGGCCCUCACUUUAUCAUUACCAUCCUCUGUUAAUCGAAGUAUCAAUGGCGGUGAAAGCAACGAAGGCGGAGAAGAAGAUCGUGUACGACUCGAAGCUCUGCCAGCUUCUGAAUGAGUACCCUCAGAUCCUCAUCGUCGCGGCGGAUAACGUCGGGUCCACUCAGCUUCAGAACAUUAGGAAAGGUCUGCGCGGAGAUUCGGUUGUUCUCAUGGGGAAGAACACGAUGAUGAAGAGGUCUGUUAAGCUUCAUGCUCAGAAAACGGGAAAUGAUGGGUUUCUUAAUCUCAUGCCUCUCCUUCAGGGUAAUGUUGGGCUUAUCUUCACCAAGGGUGACUUGAAGGAAGUCAGCGAGGAGGUUGCUAAGUACAAGGUUGGAGCUCCAGCUCGUGUUGGCUUAGUUGCUCCAAUCGAUGUGGUUGUGCAACCAGGCAACACUGGCCUCGACCCAUCGCAGACCUCUUUCUUCCAAGUGCUCAACAUUCCAACCAAGAUCAACAAAGGUACCGUUGAGAUCAUAACCCCUGUUGAGCUCAUCAAGAAAGGCGACAAGGUCGGCUCCUCCGAGGCUGCGCUUCUAGCCAAGCUCGGAAUCAGGCCGUUCUCUUACGGUCUCGUCGUGGAGUCGGUCUACGACAACGGCUCAGUGUUUGACCCCGAGGUGCUUAACCUCACUGAAGACGACCUUGUUGAAAAGUUUGCAGCUGGUGUCUCGCUGGUGACCGCCCUUUCUCUUUCCAUCUCUUACCCAACCAUUGCAGCUGCGCCUCACAUGUUCAUCAAUGCUUACAAGAAUGUUCUCGCUGUUGCCUUGGCUACUGAGUAUUCUUUCCCUCAGGCUGAGAAUGUGAAGGAGUUCCUCAAGGAUCCAAGCAAGUUUGCAGUUGCUGCUGCGGCGGCUGCACCUGUUUCCGGAGAAUCUGGUGGAGCUCCUGUGGCGGCUGCUGUGGUGGAAGAAGCUGCGGAUGAGUCUGAUGGGGACAUGGGUUUCGAUCUGUUCGGCUAAAAUAUAUGCCGUCUUAUGCUUUGCACCAAGUUUAUCUUUAUGAUUAUCAAUUAAAGGAACACUUUAUUUUCACUUUCAGAAUUUUGUUGGUGCAUUCUUAUGGAUAUUUUGGUUAUUUAUCUAAAACAACUUUUUGGUUUUA